AUGAAGGAGGACGUGAAUUCAGGAGAAACUUCCAGGGUGACCAUUGGUGUUGGAUAUUGGCAUGGAACAGGGGCAAAGAUUCGUGCAGAGCCCAAGCCUGGAGACCUGAUUGAGAUUUCCCGAAUCGACUCCUCACACUGGGGCCUCUAUGUGGGCGAUGGUUAUGUGGUCCACCUGGCUCCCCCAGGGGAGAGCUCUGAGGCUGGCGCCCCCACCAGCUUAGGGGUGGUGAAAAGGGAGCUCCUUGAGAAAGUGGUGGGAAACUGCUCCUAUAAGGUCAACAACCACUUGGACCACCUGUACAAACCACGGCCCAUAAAGGAGAUGCUCAGAUCUGGGAAGGAGAUGGUUGGUAAGAAGAUGGAGCACAGUGUUCUGAGCAGGAACUGUGAGCGCUUGGUCACGGAUCUGAGAUACGGCAAGGCCCACAGCCAGCAGUUUCGUGCAGAGCCCAAGCCUGGAGACCUGAUUGAGAUUUCCCGCAUCGGCUCCUCGCACUGGGGCCUCUAUGUGGGCGAUGGUUAUGUGGUCCACCUGGCUCCCCCAGGGAAGAACUCUGAGGCUGGCGCCCCCACCAGCUUAGGGGUGGUGAAAAGGGAGCUCCUUGAGAAAGUGGUGGGAAACUGCUCCUAUAAGGUCAACAACCACUUGGACCAUCUGUACAAACCACGGCCCAUAGAGGAGAUGGUCAGAUCUGGGAAGGAGAUGGUUGGUAAGAAGAUGGAGCACAGCGAUCUGAGCAGGAGCUGUGAGCGCUUGGUCAUGGAUCUGAGAUACGGCAAGGCCCACAGCCGGCAGUUCCGUGAAGAGCCCGAGCCUGGAGACCUGAUUGAGAUUUUACACAUCGGCUCCUCGCACUGGGCCCUGUAUGUGGGCUAUGGUUAUGUGAUCCACCUGGAUCUCCCGGGGGAGAAGUCUGAGGCUGGAUCCCCCACUGGCUUAGGGGAGGUGAAAAGGCAGCUCCUGGUGGAAGUGGUGGGAAACUGCUUCUAUAAGGUCAACAACCACUUGGACCACCUGUACAAACCACGGCCCAUAGAGGAGAUGGUCAGAUCUGGGAAGGAGAUGCUUGGUAAGGAGAUGGAGUACAGUGAUCUGAGCAGGAACUGUGAGCACUUUGUCACGGAUCUAAGAUAUGGCAAGGCCCAUGACCGCCAGAUUCAUGCAGAGCCCAAGCCUGGAGACCUGAUUGAGAUUUCGCUCAUUGGCUCCUCGCACUGGGCCCUCUAUGUGGGCGAUGGUUAUGUGAUCCACCUGGCUCCCCCAGGGGAGAACUCUGAGGCUGGUGCCCCCACCAGCUUAGGGGUGGUGAAAAGGCAGCUCCUUGAGGAAGUGGUGGGAAACUGCUCCUAUGAGGUCAACAACCACUUGGACCACCUGUACAAACCACGGCCCAUAGAGGAGAUGCUCGGUUCUGGGAAGGAGAUGCUUGGUAUGGAGAUGGAGUACAGUGAUCUGAGCAGGAACUGUGAGCACUUUGUCACCGAUCUGAGAUACGGCAAGGCCCGCAGCCGUCAGUUUCGUGAAGAGCCCAACCCUGGAGACCUGAUUGAGAUUUCCCGCAUUGACUCCUCGCACUGGGCUCUCUAUGUAGGCAAUGGUUAUGUGGUCCACCUGGCUCCCCCAGGGGAGAACUCUGAGGCUGGCGCCCCCACCAGCUUAGGGGUGGUGAAAAGGCAGCUCCUUGUGGAAGUUUUAGAAAACUGCUCCUAUAAGGUCAACAACCACUUGGACCACCUGUACAAACCACGGCCCAUACAUGAGAUGAUCAGUUCUGGGAAGGAGAUGGUUGGUAAGAAGAUGGAGUACAGUGUUCUGAGCAGGAACUGUGAGCACUUUGUCACGGAUCUGAGAUACGGCAAGGCCUGCAGCCGGAAGUUUCGUGCAAAGCCCAAGCCUGGAGACCUGAUUGAGAUUUCCCGCACUGGCUCCUCGCACUGGGCCCUCUACGUAGGCGAUGGUUAUGUGGUCCACCUGGCUCCCCCAGAUGAGUUCCCUGGGGCCGGCUCCUCCAGCAUGUCCUCCGUGCUGAGCCCCAGAGGAAAGGUGAAAAGGGAGCUCCUGAGUGACGUG